AUGAAGUUCGCUGGCGUCAUCGCAUCAAUGGGCCUGCUGGGCGUGGCUGCUGCGGGCUCCAGUGAAGCGGAUCAGUCCUCCACGCAGCAGUCGAUCCCGGCCGUGACCCCGGCCGCGACGACUGUCGCUCCGUCCCCCACCUCGUCGCCGUCGAGUAACUCGAGCUUCGCUCGCUUCUUCGACCAGGACCGAUUCCACGCCAUGUUCCCGGACGCCGUGCCGCUCUACAACUUCGACGGCCUCGUGAACGCCGCCAACAAGUACACGACGUUUGCCAACACGGGCAACGACACCAAUGACAAGCGCGAGUUGGCGGCGUUCUUGGCUCAGACCGCGCACGAGAGCGACAACUUCAAGGCGGCCGAGGAGUACGCGCGCAACACGUACACGGUGUGGCAGUACUGCGACAACAGCACUAUCGCCUGCGCUCCUGGGCGUCGCUACCACGGUCGCGGCCCCAUUCAGCUCUCGUGGAACUACAACUACUACAACGCCGGAAAUGCGCUGGGUAUUGACCUGCUUAACAACCCGGACAUCGUCGCGAACGACACGGCAGUCACGUGGAUGACGGCACUUUGGUACUGGAUGACCCCGCAAGGCGGUCGCGUGAUCCACGACGUCGUGGCGGGCGAGAACGGCUUUGCUCAAUCCACCGACAUCAUCAACGGCGCUCUUGAGUGUGGACCCAGUGCUCCGAACACGGCCAACGAGCAGCAGCGUAUCAAGUACUACGCCAAGAUGUGCGAGGCGCUGGACGUGCAGCCCCUCGGAAACUCAUCGUGCAACGCGUAG